AUGGAAAGAAUGAGGAAGAAGAUGAUCAGCACACCCAGCACUGGCGUUGAUGAUUGUGGUAAAGUUGUUGUUAAUAUCGACGAUGAAAACAUAAUAAGUAAUAUACUAAGCAGACUCCCGGUUAAAACACUUAUGCAGUUCAAGUGCGUCGCAAAAAGCUGGUGUAACCUAAUCGAAGACCCUUAUUUUAUUGAUUUAUACCGAACGAAAACAUCACGUCAACGUCUUUUUGUUGUUGUACCACGACAGAGAAAUUUUAGACAGGAUUUCAGUUUCUUGAUUGCCGACGUAUUAUAUGAUGGAAGAGGAAAGAAGAGAAUGGGGAAGGUAGCAUCAACGAUUAACGACAUUACAAACAAAGGUCCAUUUCCUUGUUCUCAAGUUCUUGGACCUGUAGAAGGUUUAAUAUGUCUCAUUAGCGAUUCCGUGCAUGCUGCUUGUGUAUUUAAUAUAAGUACGAGAGAAGUAACACGGUGGAUCAAAUCGACAUUAUUGUCCACAGAAGAAGGAACACGACGGCCUAGAAGAAACAAAAGUAAUAGUACGAGUGCUUAUAGUUUUGGGUAUGAUCCUAUAUGUAAAAAACACAAAGUGAUUUGUAAAUGGGUGAUAAACAAGGAUGAUACUGCUGCUUACCAACUUUGGGAAAUACUGACCUUAGGAAGACACAGUGCAUGGAGAAGAAUGGAUCAAGUCCCAAAUUGUCAGUUCGAUACGAAUGCACCUUCUGUGUAUGUGAAUGGUUUUAUUUAUUGGUAUCCUCUUAAUUUUUCGAGGGAUCUUAAUGUCAGAUUUUUACUGGCUUUGUGUAUUGGAAGUGAAAAGUUUAGAAGGAUCCGAAUUCCGGAUUCCGACCAGUUAAAUCCUUAUCUCUCCUUCAACAAUGAGUGUCUAAUUUGUUUAGUAGAGGUGAAAAGUUGUGUCGCUAUACUAUGUAGAACAAGUUCUUACACUAUCAGACUAUCGAUAUAUGAAGAUGACAAGUGGACUCGAAGGGGUGUCAUCUUACCUGUUAGCUGGGAUGAAAGAGGAGCUUUCUUUUUUCAUACUGCUGCUGGAACCGACCAAUUAUUCUUAGAAAUCCAUCAUAAGAAUGCCCUUGGAAUUCUGUUUGCUAUAUCUCUUUAUUCUUACUGUUUUGAGAAUAAAAAUUUCAAGCAGAUAGGACUCAACGAGAUACCCUUAUCAGCUAGUGUUCCGAAAUCUACUAGACAACUCAAAAACAUACCCUUCUCAGCUGCUAGUAUUCCGAAAUAUACAAGACUAUGUACAUCUUUCUAUGAAAGCAUUAUAUCCUUUAAAGAAUCGGACAAGAAGUACCUCAUUCAACCUUCAACAAGAAGCUGA